AAAACUUCAACACCCCCACUGCUCAACCCUCCCCCACCCCCAACCCUCCCGCCAUGGCUGGUCUGACCAGCACCUUCCAUCAUCCCUGUAAAUCCCAACUGCCCAAAUCCUUCAAACCCUCUUCCAUCCACCUCCACACCUUUUCCAUCCGCAUCCUCAGCCCCAAAACCGCCCCUUGCCCCUCAAUUCGUACCACUAUCUCCGCUCGCUACGGCGGCGGCGGCGGAGGGGGCGGAGGCGCGCCACGGAGGUCCAAGCCCCCGGAGGAUGAAGCCCUAGAUUUCUCUUCGGUUAAGUCGGAUACUGUUAGGCUUAUUGAUCAGCAGCAGAAGAUGGUUGGAGUAGUAACAAAAGCUCAGGCUUUUCAAAUGGCUGAGGAUGCUGAGCUUGACUUGGUGAUAUUGUCUCCAGACGCAGAGCCUCCAGUUGUUAGAAUUAUGGAUUACAACAAAUAUAAGUAUGAGCAGCAGAAGAAGAAGCGAGACCAGCAGAAGAAAAGCUUGGCUAGCCGCAUGGAUUUGAAGGAACUAAAGAUGGGUUAUAACAUUGAUGUUCAUGACUAUUCCGUGCGUUUGAGAGCAGCAAAGAAAUUUUUGGCUGAUGGAGACAAGGUCAAAAUCAUGGUGAAUUUGAAGGGGCGUGAAAACGAAUUCAGAAAUAAUGCUAUUGAGCUUGUCAGACGGUUUCAGGCUGACGUUGGGGAGCUGGCAGUUGAGGAAGCCAAAAGUUUCAAGGACAGAAACAUCUUCAUCGUGUUGGUGCCAAACAAGGUUGUUGUACAGAAGUCUCAAGAACCACCAAAGAAAAAGGAUGAUGCCGUAGCAAAUGAGGUUUCAGCUAGUGUUUGAGUGCAAUUAGGCGAUUUUGUAUCCUCACGAAGUGAAAUGAUCAGGUAGCAUUAAACUUUAUCCUCUUAUGAUUCUAUGCUCGUGUCUGUGUAUAGAGUUUCAGAGCAAAACUUGUACAAGAAUGGUGUGCCUUGAGUAAAAACGACAAAUGAACAGCCAUUAUAGUUUCUCAGUAGACUUUAGUAGCACAAUUUGUCUCACUUUACUUUGAGUUUGGGAAUUGUUUGUGACAAUUAUGUAUGUUGAUGUUGUUGGGUAAUAAACUUGGGAAAAGUAAAGUUUCUCUUUCUUC